GGAACGGGAGAGUCAGCUCCCAGCGUCGCUCACCCUGCUCCCAUCCGUGCGUAAGAUCCGGCCUGGGGGAAAGGGAUGAAUGUUAAUUUCAAAGAUGGCGGCGGAGGGAGGAGGGAAGGAGAUGAACGAAAUUAAAACUCAGUUCACCACUCGAGAAGGUGUCUACAAACUCCUCACUCACUCCGAAUACAGCCGUCCUAACAGGGUGCCUUUCAAUUCGCAAGGCUCCAACCCCGUUAAGGUCUCCUUCGUGAACGUCAACGACCAGUCGGGUAACGGCGACAGGAUCUGUUUCAAUGUGGGCCGUGAGCUCUACUUCUACAUCUACAAAGGCGUUAGAAAGGCUGCUGACUUGAGCAAGCCCAUAGACAAGCGUAUUUAUAAGGGGACGCAGCCCACGUGUCAUGACUUCAACCACCUCACAGCGACAGCAGAGAGCGUGUCCCUGCUGGUGGGCUUCUCAGCAGGACAGGUCCAGCUCAUUGACCCCAUCAAAAAGGAGACGAGUAAACUCUUCAAUGAGGAGAGACUAAUAGACAAGUCCCGAGUAACUUGUGUGAAAUGGGUACCUGGCUCCGAGAGCCUGUUCCUGGUCUCUCAUGCCAGUGGGAAUAUGUACCUGUACAACGUGGAGCAUACCUGUGGCACCACAGCACCACACUACCAGCUGCUCAAACAGGGAGAGAACUACUCCGUACACACGUGCAAGAGCAAAUCCACGCGGAACCCCCUCUUGAAAUGGACAGUGGGGGAAGGGGCUCUAAAUGAGUUUGCCUUUUCUCCAGACGGCAAGUUCCUUGCUUGCGUUAGCCAAGACGGCUUUCUACGGGUGUUCAACUUUGACGCUGUGGAGCUUCACGGCACGAUGAAGAGCUAUUUUGGUGGCUUGUUGUGCGUGUGCUGGAGCCCCGAUGGGAAGUACAUAGUUGCAGGUGGAGAAGACGAUCUAGUGACUGUGUGGUCGUUUUUAGACUGCAGGGUCAUUGCCCGAGGUCAUGGCCAUAAGUCAUGGGUAAGUGUGGUGGCGUUUGAUCAUUACACCACUAGCGUGGAGGAAAGUGACCCGAUGGAGUUCAGCGGCAGUGACGAGGACUUCCAGGAUCAGGUGAUCCACUUUGGGAGAGACAGAGCCAACAGUACCCAAUCUCGACUUUCCAAGCGCAACUCUACAGACAGCCGGCCUGUAAGUGUAACGUACCGGUUCGGCUCAGUGGGCCAGGACACUCAGCUAUGUCUGUGGGACCUCACCGAGGACAUUCUUUUCCCCCAUCUUCCUCUUUCAAGGACACGGACACACACUAAUGUGAUGAAUGCUACUAGCCCUCCUGCGGGCGCUACAAUCAUCACCAACACCUCUAGUAACACUACAAAUGGAAACAACAGUGGUUCCAAUACACCCGGCGUGAACUCCCUCUCUUCCACGUUGCCACGCUCAAACAGCUUGCCCCAUUCAGCUGGCACCGCUACAGCUAACAGCACCAACAAGGCGGGCAGCGGGGGCAGUGCAGUCAGCGGCGGGAUCAUGGACAGUGCCAUUGCUACCGGCGUGAGUAAAUUUGCCACGCUCUCGCUGCACGAUCGGAAGGAACGCCACCACGAAAAGGACCACAAACGCAACCACAGCAUGGGUCACAUCAGCAGCAAGAGCAGCGACAAGCUCAACCUCCUGACAAAAACCAAAACGGACCCCGCCAAGACGCUCGGCACGCUGCUGUGCCCCCGCAUGGAGGACGUGCCGCUUCUCGAGCCUCUCAUCUGUAAAAAAAUAGCACACGAGAGACUGACUGUACUCAUAUUUUUAGAGGACUGUUUAGUGACUGCAUGUCAGGAGGGAUUUAUUUGCACAUGGGCGAGGCCAGGCAAAGUGGGUUUACUGUCAUCCCAAAACCAAGCCAGCUCUCCCAGUGGGACAGUAGUAUAGCCACAAUAUUUCUGCUGCUAAAGAACCCUGCAACCCCAGAGUCCGAUGCUGCGCUUCACCCUGCAAGCAUUGCAAGUUUUUCUUUUCUUUUUAUAUCCUUCCCUCCCAGUUUUGUUAAUGGCUUCUCUGUUUUUGUUCAUCACUCCCUUGACUUAGAGAAGGAAUGAAACCAGGGGGGUAGGAACGGGGAAAUGGAGUUGGAUUAUCGACUAUUGUGCUAUUUUCUGGAGUUUUAACACAUUUUAGGUCUUUUAAAAUGUUUGUUUUGUGUCCGAUCUCGCCAGACUGUUAUCUGUGUUAAACGCAGACCAAAUGAGAGGUGCCAUGUUCCAUACAACCCAUUUAAGGCUACAGACUGUGAAUUUUGGAAGAACUUAUGAGUUGCUUGAGCAUUAGAAAGUCUCAUCCAUCCAUAUUCACCCUGUGUCUGUUUACUCCUGACUAGAAUCUCCCCAUUGAUGACUUUGCACUGAUUUUGUUGUUUUUCUAGAACUGCUCUAAUGAACAGAAAGAGGGCUGAGGACUGCCUUGCUGCACUCGGCUUAACAUCCUCAGUCUUGAAAUCUGAAUCCAUAAAGCAGGAUGCUGCGGUCGGUGUCUUUUUAAAGAGAAAAAUAAACGGUUUGCACUUAAAUUUAUUAGAAAAUAAAGGCUUUACAUUUUUGGGUGUGCUAAAACUCAUAAAUGGCUAAUACGGUAGUUGAAGAAAAGAAUAAAAAGUUAUGAAAACCUUUAUCUACUGAGCAUUUAUUUAAAUAUGAUUUCAGAUUUAAAUCUGCUCUGUAUCAUAAUGUGUAUACUGUAAUUAAUUGAUUUGAAGGGGGCAUAAGCGAACUACCAUUACUUCAGUGGAAGUUUUGUCAUUGAUAGUUAUAUUUCUAAAGCCUAAAGUAUACAUAUUAAUAAUAUUAAAAUACUCUUGAAUA